GCGGGGCAGCCAUGUCGCCUUUGUCCGCGGCGCGGGCGGCCCUGCGGGUGUACGCGGUGGGCGCGGCGCUGAUCGUGGCGCAGCUGCUGCGUCGCUGCGCGCGGGGCUUCGUGGAGCCAGGUCGUCCCGAAUGAGCGGAGGCCCAGCCGGGGGCGGCACGAUGGAGGGCAAGAGCCUGGAGGGCGGGCAGAGCGACCUGAAGCUGGUGGCACACCCGCGCGCCAAGAGCAAAGUGUGGCGCUACUUCGGCUUCGACACGAACGCGGAGGGCUGUAUCCUGCAGUGGAAGAAGAUCUACUGCCGCAUCUGCAUGGCCCAGAUCGCCUACUCGGGCAACACCUCCAACCUGUCCUACCACCUGGAGAAGAACCACCCCGACGAGUUCUGCGAGUUCGUCAAGAGCAACACGGAACAGAUGCGCGAGGCCUUCGCCAGCGCCUUCUCCAAGCUGAAGCCGGACCCCGCGCAGCCCGGCGGCGCGCCGGAGCCGCUGGCCACCAAGGCCGGCGCGCACGGCCACGAGAGCCGCAAGCAGCAGGAGCUCACCGCCGCCGUCAUGGGCCUCAUCUGCGAGGGCCUCUACCCGGCCUCCAUCGUCGACGAGCCCACGUUCAGGGCGCUGCUGAAGGCCGCCGAGCCGCGCUACGAGCUGCCGAGCCGCAAGUUCUUCUGCGGCAAGGCCAUCCCCGAGCGCUAUGGCGCCGUGCGUGAGGCGGUGCUCAAGGAGCUGGCGGACGCCGCCUGGUGCGGCGUCUCCACCGACCUGUGGCGCAGCCAGACGCAGAACCGCACUUACGUGACGCUGUCGGCACACUUCCUGGGCCGCGCGGCCCCCCACGGGCUGGCCGUGGGCUCCCGCUGCCUCAAGACCUUCGAGGUGCCCGAGGAGAACGCGGCCGAGACCAUCACGCGCGUCCUCUACGAAGCGUUCAUCGAGUGGGGCGUCCACGCCAAGGUCUUCGGCGCCACCACGGACCGCGGCAAGGACCUGGCCCAGGCCUGCUCGCUGCUUGACAUCCCGGUGCACAUGCCGUGCCUCGGCCACACCUUCGACGCGGCCAUCCGCCAGGCCUUCCGGCUGCCCAAGCUGGGCGCGCUGCUGGGCCGCUGCGCCAAGCUGGUGGCGUACUUCCAGCAGUCGCCCGUGGCCAUGGUGAUGCUCCGCGAGAAGCAGAGGCAACGGAACGCGGCCCCCUGCAUGCUGGUGAGCGACCGCGUGGCCUGGUGGGGCAGCACGCUCGCCAUGCUGCAGCGCCUCCGGGAGCAGCAGUGUGCCGUCGCCGGGGUCCUGCUGGAGGACACCAACAACCACCACCUCAUGCUGGACGCCGCCGAGUGGGCCACCAUCGAGGGCCUGGUGGAGCUGCUGCAGCCGUUCCAGCAGGUGGCCGAGAUGCUGUCGGCCUCCAAGCACCCCGCCAUCAGCAUGGUCAAGCCGCUGCUGCACAUGCUCCUGAACACGACGCUCAACCCCAAGGAGACGGACCCCAAGGAGAUCAGCAUGGCGAAGGAGGUGAUCGCCAAGGAGCUCGCCAAGACCUACCAGGAGAGCCCCGAGAUCGACCUGUUCCUCAACGUGGCCACCUUCCUGGACCCGCGCUACAAGAGGCUGCCGUUCCUCUCCACUUUCGAGCGGCAGCAGGUGGAGAGCCGCGUGCUGGAGGAGGCCAAGGGGCUCCUGGAGAAGGUGAAAGAGGGUGCCUGCCGCGCGUCCGAGGACACGGCGGCCGCGCCGCCCGAGGAGCCGCCGCCGCCCAAGAAGCCGGCGCCCUCGCCCACCCCGCCGCCCGCCAGCGUCAUCAACGACAUGCUGGCCGAGAUCUUCUGCCCCACCGGGGGCGUGGAGGACCAGGAGGAGUGGCACGCCCAGGUGGUGGAGGAGCUGAGCAACUUCAAGUCGCAGAAGCCCCUGGGGCUCAACGAGGACCCGCUCAAGUGGUGGUCGGACCGCCUGGCCCUGUUCCCCGUGCUGCCCAAGGUGCUGCAGAAGUACUGGGCCGUGGCGGCCACGCGCGUCGGCCCCGAGCGCCUCUUCGGCUCGCGCGCCACCGUGGUGAGCGCCAAGCGCAACCGCCUGGCCCCCGCGCACGUGGACGAGCAGGUCUUCCUGUACGAGAACGCGCGCGGCGGCGCCGACGCCGAGCUGGAGGACGAAGACGAGGGCGAGUGGGGCCUGGACCACGAGCAGGCCUUCGCGCCCGGCGAGGCGGCCCACGCCGGCUUCUUCGGCGUCCGGGACGGCAGCUUCGUGUAGCCGGGGUGGGGGCUGGCGGGCGCCGGCAGGUGCGGGGGCGGUGCACAGGGGUGCGCCCGGGGGCGGUACCCGUGUGGAUGCUUGGCUGUCGGGACUGACGCCCCCGCCACCCCAGUGCGGGUGGGCGCACUGCUGCUGGGAAGGCGGGAAUCCAGCAGAAGAGGGACACGGAUCUUUGAGGGUGUGUGUGUGUGUGUACGUGCCCCAGAGGGGAGACGCGGACUCUGGGUGGUCCAGAGAAGGGAGACGGACUCUGGGUGGUCCCAGACAAGAGAGAUGGACUCUGCGUGGUCCACAGAGGAGAGAGAUGGACUCUGCGUGGUCCACAGAGGAGAGAGAUGGACUCUGGGUGGUCCACAGAGGAGAGAGAGACGAGGCUCUUGAGUAGUCCAAACCUGGUGAAAACAAGUGUUUCCUCUGCAGGGGGCGGCAGCGGUGUCGGGGGGGACCCCCCUGUAUCCCAGGAACAGGGAAAGAAAUGACUUGUAAAAACCGGCAGCGUCCACCCAUCGGAUUACCAGUCUCAACGCCCCCGACGCUAGCAUGGCCGGCGGGGGUGGUCUGACUCCCCUCUGUUAAUUCCGUUCCUGCAGUGUCCCAUGUUCUCACGCCAGGGAGGGUUUGGGGUGAAUCAGAGACAAAUGUUAAUCAGGGGGCCGCUGAGGACGAAAGCCCCUUCCGUGUUCCCCAAAGCCCACCUCCCCCCGAGCACCACUUGCACGCUGCACCCGCGCCCCGGGCACCAUCCGCGGCUGUUAGCCCCGUCGGUCCGUAAAGGAGCACGCCUACCUUGUCAAUUACCAGGGAACCUGGAGACACGCUUUAGCCAGCCGCCCUGUGUUCAAGGCAUGAUGGAACAUGUCACCCUUCAGCCCGUGGUGCCAUCGCUUAUAAAAAAGCCAAAAAAGAGAUACUGGGUGUGGUUUCUUUUUUGCCACCCACGAGUGUUUUUUUGUUUUUGUUUUUUUCCCUCCCCUCCCUUCCCCGAAUUCACGGUCCUUGCCAGGUUCCCUAGCUCUUGUGUUGUCGAGGUGGUGUUUGCCCGUCCGGAUGCUUCAAAGACGCUUCCCAGGGGGCUCCGUGGUAAAGAACCUGCCUGCUAAGGCAGGAGACCUGGGUUCGAUCCCUGGGUUGGGGAAAAUCCGCUGCAGGAGGGCAUGGCAAUCCACUCCAGUAUUCUUGCCUGGAGAAUCCCAUGGACAGAGGAGCCUGGUGGGGCUACAGUCCCUGGGGUCACAGAGAGCGAGAUGACUGAGCAAGUCUACAGCAAAAAUCCCCAAUUAACAAUGCUGUGACAGUUUCCGGUGGACAGCAAAGGGACUCAGCCACACGUACACAAGUACCCACUCUCCCCCAAACUGCCCUCCCAUCCAGGCUGCCACGUGACACUGAGCAGAGUUCCCUGUGCUGGACAGCAGGUCCUUGCUGGUUCUCCAUGUUAAAUACAGCAGGGUGUCCAUGUCCGUCCCAGACUCCCUAUCUAUUCCUUCCCCCACCCUUCCCCGCCGGGGACCAUAAGGUUAUUACAGAGGAUUGAGCAGAGUUCCAUGUGCUGUCCAGCAGGUCCUUGCUGGUUCUCCACGUUAAAUACAGCAGGGUGCCCACGUCUGUCCUGAGCCUUUACGCAGUGAGGACGGACCACGUGUACCCCCAGGGCGUCCGGGUUUUUUCCAUCUCCUAUCUUUCCCUGCUCCCUCCCUCGCUCUCCUUUCUUUUAAGAAAACAAGCUACCCCAGAAACAGCCUCGGAGGUCAGCAUCCGUCCUCUUUCUCCUUUUCUGUGUUUUAUGGGUUGCCUCUAAUCCAGGGUGGCUCGGGGGAUGCCACAUCAGACAUCAAAUUAUUUCAUUUUGAGCUUAAAUGGGCCCUUUUUCAGGCAUGAAAACCUGCCACUUUCAGAGCUUUCUCCAUCGAACACAAAAGUGGAACAUGUCCGUAAAUGUCUCAGAUAAAACGUCAUUGCCGGCAUCCAGAACUUCUCGUAAAGACACGGCCGCUAACUGUCAUGGACGUGUCUUAUCUGGGUCUGCCCAGGACUCUGCUUCCAGGAAAUGGAGUGUGUUUCGCGCUCAGGUCUUGUCGUCAAAAUCCUGAUUCUGUGCUUCCUCUAAGUGGUGUUUGUCCCAUGCUCAGUAAAGUCACAAUGAAGUCACGA